AUGAGGCAAGUGCAACACAAAUGCGCUGCUAGUGUUGUCCAGUCGCGCGCGUCACAGCUGGGGCGCGUGCCCGUGGACCACGGCUUGCCCAACCACAUGCUGCUGUGCUGCGCCUACCCUGCUGCCCACCCACCGCCGCCACCUCCCUCACCCACUCCAACGCCCGCCGCUCCCUCAACUCCACCCGCCACACGCGCUCUCACCUUCGGCCUCUCCCUCGCCACAGACCCGCCGCCCUUGCCUGCAUGCAUGCCUCUACUUCUCUCUCCCGCUCUGCGCUUUCGCCUGCAUGCGCAUCGUGCUGCUGCCUACGUCGGAGCGGGCGAGGGAGUGCAAGCAGGGGUGCAGGGGGUGGCAGCAGGGGCGCGCAGGGAGGGCAAGUUGAGGCAGCUACUGCGUGGCGGCCGGGGAGUAUUCAGCUUUUACUCUCUGCGCUGCAACUGGCGUUCGCUCUUGAGGUGGGUGGAUUGGGGGGUGUGCGCAUGGGGCAGUGAGCGUGGAGUGUGGGGACGUGCCGUGUGGGGCUUUGGUGGAGUGAGAGGGGCCAUGGUUGAUGUGGCAUGGUGCAUGCAGGAUAAGGGGCACAUGACAUUGGGGGAGGAACUACCUGCAUGCACAUCCCACCCGCAUGCUCUCCACAUGCGCGGCCCCCUUGCUGCCCCCUUGCUCCUCUCUAUCCACCAUUCCUUGCUUCGCCCUGCUUACCACCCGCCAGCCAAUGCAUGCCUUUGUUGCUGCCUGCAGUGGAUAUGCGUGGGUGGUAAUGGGUGGGAUUGUGCAUGGGGGUGGGUGGGGAUGAGGGCAGGUGAAUGCGUGGAUGAGGCAUGA